AUGGAAGGCGGUAGCCCCGGCGAAGCCGGCCCGGCCGACGCCGCCAACUUGUUUUCCCUGGCGGGUCUUGGCGUCGCCUUGCGGACCAUCCCGGAGACCCCGGAUCCGGCUGCUUUGGGCUACUUGCAACUACCGUGGCAGAGGGAGACUCGCGUGUGCAAGAUCAUCAGCCGCCGCCGCAGGGACGCCCGGCUACACCGCAAGGGGGACCCUCUAGGCAAGGAGAUUCACGCUUUAAAAAGAUUGAGAGAAGCUGCUAAUUCAAAUGAUUUGGAAACAGUAAUGCAACUUCUGGAAGAUGGGGCAGACCCCUGCGCUGCUGAUGACAAAGGUCGAACGGCCCUGCACUUUGCUUCUUGUAAUGGAAAUGAUCGCAUUGUGCAGUUGCUUUUAGACCAUGGUGCUGAUCCAAACCAGCGAGAUGGAUUGGGGAAUACUCCCUUGCAUUUGGCUGCCUGCACGAACCAUGUUCCUGUCAUCACCAUGCUACUCCGCGGAGGAGCUCGAGUUGAUGCCCUGGAUCGAGCUGGAAGGACCCCUCUGCACUUGGCCAGGUCAAAGUUAAACAUCCUGCAGGAUGGCCUCUCACAGAGCUUGGAGGUUGUUCGCCUUGAAGUAAAGCAGAUCAUCCAGAUGUUGCGGGAAUAUCUUGACCGUCUUGGGCGGCAUGAACAGAGGGAACAGUUGGAUGACCUUUGCACCAGGCUACAGAUGACUAGCACAAAAGAACAGGUGGAUGAAGUUACUGACCUCUUAGCCAGUUUCACCUCACUCAGCUUGCAGAAGCAGAAGAUAGACCAGAGGUAACCGGCUUUAAUAUCGUCCUCCCACACCAAAGGAGAAGCCCUGGAAGAAAAGAUAGCUGGAGCUCCAUUGCAGGACUGCAGCAUUGUUGUUGCCAGCAUCAAGCAUACUUUUCCUGCUGCUGCUUCUAUGUUGAACGGUUUGAAACCAUGAAACAGCAGGGACUGCCUUCAAUAUCCUUUCUUUGGGCCAAGGAUUUUUGCUGUGCUGCCUUCAAAGGCAUCUUUAUUAUUCUUUGUUUUAAGAAUCAGGAAUUAUCUUUCAGUUAAUGAAUUGUGGUGGAGCUUCCCCUCUUUAAGGACACCACCCUCAGGAAGUAGUAUUGAAGUCCUACAAGUAGCAUCUUCAGUCUGCUCUGAAUAUAUUUGGAGAAAUGGCAGCUAUUAGCAAUUGCUCUGCUUUUAAUACCCAGUAUUUAUGCACACAAUUAGUGAGCCUAUCUAGAAGGUGGCGAACUUAAUUUACAAUAAAUUAAAAAAAAAAAACAGGUUGGGAAUAUUUUAAAUGGAGAAAAGUUUGAAGGU